CCUCUCUUCUGCUCCCCGGCUUCUAUCUGACUCCUCCCUCCUGCAGCUCUGAAUAGUGCAGAGCGAGCCAACGAGCUUCUCCUUUUCUCCCCCCGCUGCUAUAGUUCCUUCUCAGCCGGCAGCGUGAGACCGAGAUUCUCCUUUCUUUCCACUACGGCACGUUUUCUGGUACCUGCUGGACGCGUCUGACUUGCAGAGCUAAACUUGAUCGAGAGGAUCCGGGACCCAUUCAAAAGCAGAGAAAUCACGUUGCCUUAUUUUCUUGCAUCUUUUCCUCCCCGGCACUUAAUGCUCCUUUUUCAAACCAUGUGCUCUUUUUCUCUCUCUCUCAAGUGACAGCUUGGCUGGGCUUGCUUGACUGCAUCCUAAGCAGGUCUCCAGGAAAAAGGGUGCUGGACAAGGGAUCUAUCUAUGCAGUCCAACAAACUUGGCAGAGAAGAACAGAAAUUCACCGUGAAGCCAACAUUUUUUGUGUCCUCAGAUGAGAACUCCCAGAAUUGGUGGGAAGGCAAAAUAACACCCCACCCAUCCCAAGAACCAUGUCGGUCACUCUGAGCAAUGUCUCUUCAAACGGGACAAGCCACCACGGGAUUAUGGAUAUACCCAAAGGGCAGAAGCCUUUGAAUCUCUUCCUUUUCUGCUUGACUUUUAUCAUCACGUUCACCGCCCUCUUGGGCAGCAUCUAUUCGCUGGUGUCUCUGCUGAGGAUGCAGAGCAAAAGUACUGUAUCCAUGCUGGUGACUUCUUUGACAGUGGACGAUCUGAUCAGUGUGGCGCCAGCGACAAUCUUCAUGCUCAAGCAUUGGUUGGAUGAGAUGCUCCCCCAGACCUUGUGCACGGCUUCGGCGCUGCUGUACUUAUUCCAGGGCUUUUCCAGCAAUCUGAUGGGGUCGCUCAUAGUUUCUUAUAACUUCUACAGCUUAAGCAAGAUGGGAACUGGCCAAGGGGCCACCAAGAGGCCGGUCAGCAUGGUCUGGGCCGUUCUCACUAUCUGGAUGGUCAGCCUACUAAUCUGUAUUUUGCCUCUUUGCGGCUGGGGUAGCUAUGCCUCCACCCCUUGGGGGUGCCUGACAGACUGCACAAGCUCUUACAUUUUAUUUCUCUUUAUCGUCUACUCGCUGUGCUUCUGCCUCCUCCUCGUGCUCUCCAUCCCUUUAAUUUAUCAGCUGCUGUGUUCAGAUGAGCAGCAGCAUCUGUAUGACGAUUAUCACCAAAUUGCCAGAGGCUAUUUCUCCCCUGGGUCGCCUCCGACUGGCAGCCGUCACACCCCUUCCCUCUCUCCAGAAGACACUGUGAGCAAAACCUUGAAGCAUUUCCAAGGCGCUUGUCCAAAUGCUGACCUCAAAGUUAGGCAAAGCCCAGUGGACCAUUAUGGACUGGAUCACUACGGCAUGCAAGAGGGGCCCUACAACAGCCGAACCCUCACUGUGGAAUUUGCUCAGAAGCGCUUUUCCCUGAUUCUGGCGCUGACCAAAGUCACCCUUUGGCUCCCAAUGAUGAUUCAAAUGGUUGUUCAACACACUGUUGGGUUUCAAAGCCUUUCCUUUGAGAUAUUCAGCUUUCUGUUAACGCUGCUAGCCGUUACUGUCACCCCAGUAUUUGUCUUGUCAGAACACUGGAGUCACCUGCCUUGCGGCUGCAUCAUCAACUGCAGAAGGAAUGUCUACACUGUAUCCUCAGAGGAAGGCAAAACCAAAAGAAGAGGCUUUGAAUUCAAUCUGUCAUUCCAACAAGGUUAUGGAAUCUAUAAGAUAUCUCAUGACAACCAUCACAGCGACGAUGGCAACUCUAUAUCAUACCACAGCUUGCUCAACUAUGACUGCGAGAAUAUAAGAGAGACUCAAAAGGACUGCAACAAAAUUGAGUUCAGCACCAUCUCCCUGGAGGACAGCUCCCUGCUUAAAGAGAGCACCAAGUGCAAAAAAACUGUUGGUACAGACACCAAACAAGACCUUAACAAGGAUAAGUUUAUGGAUUGUCUGCUUUCUGACAAAAUGGGAACGUAUAAAAAAGAAGAGGUGAGGAAUAUUGAGAAGUGUGCUUUCUUUGAAGAGAAGGAAAGAAGGCUUUCUCAUGAGGAGUGCCGAAAACCAGAACUCUCUGACUGGGAGUGGUGCAGAAGUAAGUCGGAAAGGACCCCACGGCAGCGUUCAGGAGGCUCCUUAGCAAUUCCUUUGUGUGCAUUUCAAGGGACCGUAUCUCUCCAUGCGCCUACAGGAAAAACCCUCUCUUUAUCUACAUAUGAGGUAAGCACGGAGGGACAGAAAAUAACGCCCACAUCGAAGAAAAUUGAAGUGUAUCGCUCCAAGAGCGUGGGUCAUGAGCCAAACCCUGAGGAUUCUCCCACCACAUUUGCUGACACGAGUGUCAAGAUCCAUUUAGAAGUGCUUGAAAUUUGUGACAACGAAGAAGCUAUGGACACAGUGUCAAUCAUCAGCAACAUCAGCCAGUCAUCAACCCAAGUCCGGUCUCCAUCCUUGCGCUAUUCUCGGAAAGAGAACAGAUUUGUCUCGUGUGAUUUAGGGGAAACGGCUUCCUAUUCGCUCUUCAUACCGUCAAACAAUCCCAACAACGAUAUUAACAUAUCAAUCCCGGACACUGUGGAAGCCCACAGGCAGAAUAGUAAAAAGCAACACAUGGAGAAAGAAGGUUAUCAAGAGGAGAUACAAAUGUUAAACAAAGCAUACAGAAAAAGAGAAGAAAGCGGUGCCAGCAACUAAAAUAAACAGUUUACUUCAGACCUGAAUAAUCUGGGUUUUCUGAGUCAAUACAUUCUGUUCUUUUUUUUUUUUUUGCUUGGACAUCAAAUCAGAGUUAAGAAUAUUGCUGCAGCGAUGGAAAACGUCAGCACAUUUAAGAUAGAAAUCAAGAUAUAAUGCAGCAAGGGUCACAAUCCUGCAUAUCAUUUAAGCAGGAUUUAAGCAGCCUAAUUGCGUGCAGAAUUGUAGUCAAAGCUUUUAAAGCAGCUCUAAUGGGCUACCAGGGAAGGGAGGAGAUAAUGUUUUUUUCUAAAUUAAUGCUUUAUUGCAUUUGUUUUGGUUUUCAGUAAUGAGCUACCUACCUUUGGAAAUAUACAGGAUCUGCUUGAAGAGCUGCUUCCAACCAGUUUUUAAUCAUUUACUUCAAAACUUUUUUAUUAUAAUAAAAUGUUUCAGAAUAAGCUCCUCCAGGGUUCUAAAUCCAGUGAUGCUGAAUGUUGGAAGAUUGAGGACUAACACAGCACAUAAACCAUGGAAUUCAGCAGUGAUGAUUGGGGAUGAGGAUAAAUUAAAUUUAGUAUGCAUUUAAAGCCAAAUCUAUCAGAUUUGCACUUUUCAGAACAAAAUGAGAACUGAAACACAGCCAUCCUCCAAAAUUCACACUAAUUUGAAUUUUGCAAUGCAGUUCUUCCACCCAAGAAUGUUGACAAAAAUGCACAUAUUAAGAGGAAAAUGUGCAUAAAACAAUACAUUGGUGAAAAUAAUCUACAAAAUUGCAUUAUAAGAAAUUGCUUCCAAAAAUGUGUACAUUAGUCAAAACUGCACGCAAAAAGAUGCUUAUUAUGAU